GUUUGCAAGUGAUAGUACUAAUAAAUCUAUCACAAUCAUUCGUGCUGUUAACAGCAAACAUGGAAGACGUUAGAAAACUAGCGAAGAAAUUCGUCUCCGAAUCUUUAGCUGAGCAGAUAGCUGAUUUUAUAGCAAAAGUCACAAGUAACUCUGGCAACACUGCAAACGUUUCAGAGGAGAACGAAGAAAACGCCAAUCUUUACCACGAAAUAUCCAGCGAAGAUUUAUACAGAAGCAAUAAAGCAAAGCCAAGAUCUCCAAAUAAGGAAGACGCGAAAAAGUCACCACCGAGCAGAACGCAGACCACGAAACAAGAAAGAAUGACCACAGAAAGAAGUCGAAAUGUUCUAGAUGAGAACAAUAAUAGAGAUGUCACUACAGAGCCAGAGAAAAAAGAAGAAGAUCAUCCAGAAAUGUCUAUUGAUAUAGAUCCUGCACCAAUGUCAGAAAACGUGGAAGCUACUAUUAAAACCACUAAGCACCGUCGAAAACCCAAAAGAAAACCAGGAAAGGCAGCACAGAGUGGGAGAGAAAUGACCACAGAAAAGGAGAAGAAUGAUUUUGAUCAGUACGACAACAAGAACUAUCCUAAAUCUGAAUUCGUAGCGACGAGUGGACCGGUGGUACUGCCAAAAGUACCAGCGCAGUCGCAAUGGUGGGAAAAAGAAGUGCCAGGUACAGGAAAAGGCAAAGAACAGAAGAGAAAAGCUUGGUUCUAA